AUGUUCGCCGGAGAGAAUGGCCUUAAGGGAGACCCCAGACUUCAAGCCAUUUCCCAAGCCAUCAGAGUUGUCCCUCACUUCCCCAAACAUGGAAUAAUGUUCCAAGACAUUACGACAUUGUUGUUGGAUCACAAGGCGUUUAAACACACGGUCGACAUUUUUGUCGAUCGUUACAGAGACCAGCACAUUUCCGUUGUUGCCGGAAUCGAGGCAAGGGGAUUCAUGUUUGGUCCAUCAAUUGCGUUGGCCAUUGGUGCAAAGUUUGUUCCUUUACGCAAACCACGGAAGCUGCCAGGUGAAGUAAUUUCAGAAAAAUAUGCUCUAGAAUAUGGAACUGAUUGUUUGGAGUUGCAUGUUGGUGCUGUCCAGCCGGGUGAACGGGCCAUAGUAAUUGAUGACUUGGUGGCCACAGGUGGCACACUGUCAGCAGGAGUAAAACUUCUAGAACGUGUUGGUGCUGAUGUAGUGGAAUGUGCUUGUGUCAUUGGUGUGCCUAAUGUCAAGGGGCAGCGCAGGCUUAUUGGAAAGCCAGUUUAUGUUCUUGUUGAGCCGCGUAAAGCAGAUAAAUGUUAUCAAGAUGUGAUGUUAGUUGGAUCAUAG